CCGCUUUCGUGCUGCAAGACAAAAGUUUCUGUUGAACGGAAAUUUGCCGAUAAACGGAGAUAAAAAUGACCCUCGCGUCGAAGGCGCCGUGUUUCAAAUCCAAGUUCAUCACAGCUGAGCUGGCUCGUCUGUUCAGCCAGUCUGACAGCGAGGAGGAGUUUGAAGGUUUCAGUGAGGAUGAGGAAGAAGAGGACAAGCCAUCUUUUAACAAACGGCAAAAGAAAAAGCUGGUGGCAUCAGAGGAGGACAGCGACGUGGACACGGGCUUCUACUCUGAUGGCGAGGAUGCCCCCCCGCCAAAGAGGAAGAGUCUUUUAGUUGCCCUGAGGUUUCCCGUCAAAAGACUGUCUACCCCCAAACAGGAACUGAAAGGGAAAAAUGUCAAAAAGCCAGUCAAAGAAUCUCCUCCUUCAUGGAGAGCCAGAGGAAGGCAAAGGAUGAAGCAGCAGCAGCAGGAUGAAGAAGAGGAGGAGGAGGAGGAGGAGGUCCUGUCUCAGAGCCUCCGGAAACGAGACAAGAACAUUCAGGAAAACAAGGCCAUGCUGGCUAAGCUGUUUGCUGGUCUGAGCACCAUGGGUGACCUGAAUCUGCCCACCACCCCUGAAAAGGAAAAGAAGAAGCGGGCGUCAGAGAAAGCGACCACACGGAAACGCAGGUUUGAACCCGAUGUGGGGUCAGAGAGGAGGAACCCGUCUCGUAAGGCUCGUCCUCCUGAGAACUUUGCAGUGGAGGAGAAGAGCGAGCCGCUCACCAUCAGAAAACCCAGGAAUGUCGACAUCAGGAGACUGGUGGAGGUGGACGAGGAUGUUGGUGAGAAAAAGAAAAAGAGGAAGAGCCCCAGGAGGAGCCAGUAUGAAGUGAGGUCAGUUGACGACAUCACCCAAGAAGAACUGGACAACGUAGCGUACCGCAGCAAAGACAAGAUCUGGGACAAAGACAAUGGCAGCUCGUGUCACCAGUGCAGACAGAAGACUCUGGACACCAAGACGGUGUGUCGCAGCGGUUUCUGUGUGGGGGGAAAAGGCCAGUUCUGCGGGCCGUGCCUGAAGAACCGCUACGGAGAAGACGUAUGCGAUGUGCUGCUCGACCCGACGUGGUCGUGCCCCAUCUGCCGAGAGAUGUGUAACUGCAGCCUGUGUCGUAAGAAGGAGGGCCGCUGUGCUACCGGCAUCCUGGUGGGAUUGGCUCGCUACAGCGGCCAUGACAACGUCCACAAGUAUCUGGAGAGCAUUCGGAGGGAUCUGCAUUAAAGUCCAGAGCGAAGACCAGGGAGGAGAACCUGCUCGUACGGCUAAAACCUGGAGCAGGCUCUCGUGCUGCACAGUACCGUAGAACUCAUUCUAACGCACAUUUGUAGGUUUAGAUCAACCUUUCUAUCUAACUAGAGAAACAAAAGCAAACGGAUGUUUGUUUAAUCUUGCCUUAACACAAGGCACAUACACUGUUAUGUUUUUUAUAUCGUGGUUUAAGGCUUCAUAAUAUGCAGGGAUGUUUUUGUUGUUUUUAAGUCGGUACUCCGUUUUGAGUUGUAUAUUUUCCUUUGAAUAUUUCUUGAUGUUAACUAGAACAAAUGUAAGGUAUCGAUGCAAAAGGAGCCUUUUUUAUAUACCAACUACCUUUCUUAAAGUGACUAACUUUACAGUAUUGUUGUUCUCAGUCCACUGUAAAUUCUAAUAAAGAAUGGCAUUGUGUAAAUGAUUUGCCAUGCUAACAUUAUUGUACAUUUAGGGGAGGUGCUUAUACCUUUUUAAGCUGCACCAAAGUUUUCUAAAAGGUUGCUGCUUGUGUGUGCACGGCUGCUGUGUACCUGUUUCUCCAGGUGAGAGGGAUCAGGUCCAGGUGAACUGCUGCU